AAGCCUGUGUAUCGAUUGAGAUUCAUCCGCCGCCGCAUGCCUAUAUGUUUGACAGAAGAGAAACAACGUGUUUAGAGUGAAAUCAUCACACGAUAGGAUAAGGUAUACAAGAAUGAUUUGAUUUAUCAGCUGAUGAAUGGACUUAAGUGCAAAAAUACCGACUGGUCUUGUGCUAUGUGGUUUCUGAGACUUUGGAUGCAAAAUUUUCAAUUUAGCUGAUACAUAUGUCGUUAGUGUCCUCUCAUUUACGUUUGAGAACAAUAUUUUAAAAGAAAUAUCUAAUGCCCUGUGCUAUGGAGGACUUUUUAUUUCGAUUUCGUUCGAAAUCUGUUUCCUCAAAGAAGAGGCCAUCUACCAAAAGUCCAAGCAAGGAGCAGAGAAGGGUCACUUGGAAAGACUCAACUAAUGGACAUCAAUUCCGACCAAGAUGUGCCAGCACUCCUGCAACCGAUUUGACUGUCAGACGAGAUGCUUUCAGCCGACGACAAUAUGGCUCCGUGGAAACGUUAACUUUACUAGAUGAUGACAGUAAAAGCCAAUCAGCGGGCAGGUUCCGAAUUGAGACAGGAGAUUUAGAAGGCAGCGAAGAGGUUUCCAGCCCUAUUGCUAGUCCUAUUCAUUUAGAAAAUCCAGAAUUUCAGACUCGAUGGUAUUUUAAAUACUUCCUUGGUAAACUUCAUCAGAACUAUGUUGGAAUAGACACAGACAAAGACCCGUUCAUACUCUCUGUGGUCGUCACGGACGCCAACAACCAUAAUGUCCCGCAGUAUAGAGCGGUACUCUGGAGAAAAAAUGGAGCUAAGAGAGUGUGCCUUCAAUACAACCCUCAAAAGCCUCAGACAGUCAAGAGCAUAUUAAGUCAUUUUGAAUUAGAAAAAUUUGAAAAGGGACCAAAAGAAAUAUUUGACCCAGACAUCCAGAAAGACAUUUUAGUGUUGGAAGAGCAAGAGGGUUCGAUCAACUUCAAGUUUGGUGUGGUUUAUGCCAAGGAUAACCAGGUGUCUGAUGAUGAAUUCUACAGUAACAAUGAUCCAAAGCCUUCCUUCAACGAAUUCUUAGGUCUUUUGGGUGGCAGGAUAAAAUUGAAAGGAUGGGAAAAGUUUAAAGGUGGUUUAGAUGUCAAAUCCAAUGCCACAGGGACGGAAUCCAUAUACACUGUGUAUGAAGGGCAUGAGAUAAUGUUUCAUGUUUCCACAUUUCUUCCUCAUUCACUUGAAAACAAGCAGCAGGUGGAAAGAAAGCGACACAUAGGAAACGAUAUUGUGAAUAUUAUCUACUAUGAAUCAAGCAACCCAGAUGCACAUCAUUUUCCUCAGUUCAAACCUUGUAUGAUGAGGUCACGGUUUACUCAUAUUUUUGCUGUUGUGUGUUACAAUACAUGUGAUAAUUCAUAUAAACUUCACGUGUUUUCCGAAGAAUCAGUUCCUCUCUUCGGACCACCACUUCCUUCGCCCCCUGUGUUCCAUGAUGCUGAUGAAUUUAGAGAAUUCCUUCUUGUCAAAUUAAUCAAUGGUGAAAAGGCCGCUGUUAAUAAUCCCUUGUUUGCACAGAAACGAGAAAGAACUUUGGAGAUGUUAAUAAAGAAUAUACACCAAGUGUACAUGCUAGAGACGAACAAGUUGUAUAGAAGAGCAUUCAGUGAUGUUAUUCAAGACGCUCAUAUCUCAAGGAAAGAGGAAGCCAGGCGCAGUGAAUACGUCCGCGUCGGUCAGACACUAAAAGUGAAAACCAUCCUGAAGGGAGACGCCCCCACAAGUUUAGUGACAACAGGACUACUGAAAAGGGAGCCAUGGGAACCUCAACAAUUCUGCAUGGAUUUCCCUCAUCCAAUUAUAUGCGGCGAUUCCUGGGGGGACAACAAAUUAAUAUUAUCAACAGAUAAUGGCACAUUUAUCGUUGAAGAGGGGCUCCAUCAUCGAUCAAUAUUUGACAAGACUGUGCCUGUGAAGCAGCUGGAUAUCGUGGAGGCACACGGACUUCUGAUAUUCAGAUGUGACAAAGGAAAGGAAGGCAAGAUAUAUGUAUACCGAUUAAAUGAUUUUGAGGGAGAAAUAUUGGAUCAAGUUACGAGAGGAAAAGCAGAAUGUAGGGACAACAGGAUCGAGAAAACAAAAGGGUGUCAUCUGUAUGCUCUAAGCAGACAGGGUGCUAGCCAUUUAAGAAUGGUGGUGGCCAUCCAGAAACGACUCCUCCUGUUCUCCUGGAAACAUUCUGUGGCCUGGUCAACUUGGUGCCCCUCCGUGGACUUCGAAAUCGUGGACGGUUUCAAUUUUGUUCGGGAGCUACAAGCCUUUGAGAGUCCUCAAUUGAUUACAUUAAUUGAUGGAAUCAAGGACGACAACCAGAUCUGUGUGGGAUACAAAAAUCAGUUCGACCUGAUCAACGAGAAAAAUGGAGACACUCUGCAGCUGUAUCAAGUGGAGGCUAAUAAGUUGAAUCUGGUUGCAGCUUUAGAUAUAUAUGAGGAUGAAGAGUCGGAAUUACUUCUUUGCUACAACCAUGUUAGUCACUUCCAGAAACUUUCAGAGGAAACAUCACGUGAUUUUGACUUCAACUGGAACUCUGAGCCAAAUGAUAUAGUCUGUGCUUUUCCAUACGUAAUGGCAUUCACAGCCGAUGCUAUAGAAAUCCGGCUUAUUAUCAAUGGAAACCUUGUCCACGCCAUGUCACAGCCUGGACUUAGUCUCAUCACCUCGAAAUGUGACAUCUAUUUCUCUACGAUUGCUGGGCCAGGAGGCUCCCCAAAAGAAAAGUCACGUGAUCAAGGCUACACCCCUCCCUCCUCACCAUCUACCAAAACGUUACGCCCUCCCCAAUACAUAUAUAAAAUCCCUCUCUCGUGCCUUGCUGGACAAAUGUCAAAUAAUGACAAAUCACCCAUAAACCCCACGCCUUCUGCCCAGUCUACGCUUCUGGCGCCAGUGGCUCAAAAUGGCGACAGGUCACCAAGCAACAAACGACGAAGUCCUCUGUUAAGGACCAAAUGCAUCCAUCCCAGUGGUGAAAAGACUGUAAGUGAUAGGCAUGACUCUUCGGGUUCGGAUUCCGGAAUUUCGAUUCUUAGACCAGGGACUAACUGUUCUCCUCCAGACAGUCCGUAUCAGCAGACGAUAUGUACGCUUGACUUUUCAAAUCAGGAGACGGACCUAGUUUGACACAGACUUGUAUAAAGUGUGUGAAAAGUAGUACAUAUACAUAUUCACAUGUUACUGGCAUUUUCAAUGUGCCUUACCCGUGUUCAAUCAACGACUAAGGACGCCUACAGGACUUGAAGCAGGGAUUAAGGAGUCAGUUAAUUAAAUAAUCAGGUGUGUACUAGUCAACGAGGGAUUAAACCUGUGGAAGGAGUCCACAGGAAUGACGUUUGGAUUAGAUUAAAAGAGGAAUCGAUGACGAUUUUGCCAUGUUCAAUCGGUACACCGGUGGGGUCAGCCUGUUUCAAAUAGAUGCUCCCUUACUCACUUAUUAAGAUAUUACUCAAAGAUUUAAUCCCUUUAUCUUGACUCUUUUGUAGGAAUUAAUAGAAAUGAUUUUGUUCAUAAUGUUCAGUAAAGGUUUUAAAAUUUCUAGUCAUAUUAACGACACAAUGGUGCUACUUUAAUAUUUGUGAUGUGAAACAAUAUAAUUAAUACGGGGGAUGGAGAGUUAAUCUAUUCGAGAAUAUUAUUACUCCUACAAAACAGCCGUAUUAAAUUUUGUUACAUAUUUAAUAGAUUUU